CCUUCUUUAAGAAGUAUGCCAGCAAAAAGUUCUUGAAAGCAUCCAUUGUUCUUCGCAAGUGGGCCAAGGAAUACGUUGCUGCCUAUGGUAACGCACUCCAAGAAGAGGCCGCUGUCCCCUCCAAGACCAAGAGCGUGCGCUAAGCGUGUGGGUUCUUGUUAGGCAAUACCGGUCUUUGGCUUAUGUGUCGCAAAGCUAUUCAUUACCGCCGGCAUGGGAACGAGUAGUGAUUGACGAAGUUCAGGUCCCGACCGGGAGCCAAAAUUUACGAUUGCAUCCAAACCAGGCUAUUCAUGUUUGCAUCUUGGCUAAUACCAUCUUCCGGUCGGCGUUUAAUACAUGGGAUGCAAGUUGGUUGUUCACUUCAUUGUUGGUUCUUUUUUCCUCCCUAAGUGGUUUUUUUUCGUUUGCUUGGAAACGGAGUUGCCGGCGUUCAUCUCCUGUCCACGGAGGCGUAACGAGGGUGUGUUUGUUUUUUUCCACCUUUUCAGAUCGCACUUUACCUCAUUUCUUAUAGCGGCUCUGGAUACUCGCUCAUGGCUUAGGCGGUCCAAUGUGCCAGGAACGGUAUGAUAUGAGAGAGGCUUUUAUUCCUUUGUGGACCUGUAUGGAGUGUCUUUCUGUGUGUGUGGUCUGUGUGUGGUGUAGUGUGUGGUGUGGUGUGUGGGAAAAACAUGGUCAUUUGGCAUAUCAGAUAAGGAGAUAUUCGUUCUCCACACGUGUAUGAGUAGUGUGUGAAUUGCGCACUGUUUGGGGGGCAGCGUAGUAGAAUGGAGUAAAGCAUGUUGAA